GGUUUGGCUCGCCUUUUUCUUUUUUUCUUUUCCUCUCUUUUUUUUCAGCUGCGCUCUUUAAAGCUGCGCAGUCUGCGCUCAUUUGAACCCUUUCCGUCAAACCCAGCGGACCGGACGCAUCGCAGCUGGCGCAAAGUGACAGACGCUUUCUGCAGAGGUCCCAGGAGUUACCUCACCUCCACCAUGACUGAUCGCUUCGACUGCUACUACUGUCGCGACAACCUGCACGGUAAGAAGUACGUGAAGAAGGAUGAGAAGCACGUUUGCACCAAGUGCUUCGACAAACUCUGCGCCAACACCUGUGCAGAGUGCCGACGCCCAAUCGGAGCCGACUCAAAGGAGCUGCACCAUAAGAACCGCUACUGGCAUGAGGAUUGUUUCCGGUGCGCUAAAUGCUACAAGCCGCUGGCUAACGAGCCGUUUAGCGCCCGAGACGAUGGCAAGAUCAUGUGUGGGAAGUGCGGCUCCAGGGAGGACGGCAACCGCUGCCAGGGCUGCUACAAGGUGGUGAUGCCAGGCUCGCAGAACGUGGAGUAUAAGAACAAGGUGUGGCAUGACGAAUGCUUCACCUGCUUCGAGUGCAAGCAGCCAAUCCGCACGCAGAGCUUCCUGGCCAGAGGCGAUGACAUCUACUGCGCUCCGUGCCACGAGAAGAAGUUUGCCAAGAAAUGCUUCAAGUGCAAGCAGCCCAUCACCUCUGGAGGGAUCAGCUACCAGGACCAGCCCUGGCACUCGGAGUGCUUUGUGUGCGAGACGUGCCGUAAACCUCUGGCAGGAACGCGCUUCACCUCCCAUGAGGAUCACGUUUACUGCGUGGACUGCUACAAGACCGACGUGGCCAAGAAGUGCCAUGGCUGCAAGAACCCAAUCACAGGGUUCGGCCACGGCACCAACGUGGUGAACUACGAGGGAUUCUCCUGGCACGAGUAUUGCUUCACCUGCAAGAAAUGCUCCCUGUCCCUCGCCAACAAGCGCUUCGUCAUCAACGCAGAGCAGAUUUACUGCCCCGACUGCGCCAAGAAGCUGUAAACAGAAGACUUUUGAUUCACGAGGAAACUGAUUUGUAUGGAAGACAAUUAGGGCCACC